UUCUUUCCUUUUAAAGAGCGAGCUUAGAACUGCUAGAGGGGCGAUUAGUUGGUUCUGGUUUUUGUCUAUUAGAGGAAAGUUUUCCCGGAAGUCACGAGAUUUACUGUAAUACCACUAGGAUUUCUAGGGGUUUUUCUCUCUUUGGGAACCGUAUUUAUUCCUUUAUUUUCUGUUUGUUUGAUGGGAGUUGUUUUCGCGGAAAAUACCCUGCCAUGGGAAAGUCUUCUUUCAAGGAUUCUCUCAAAGCGCUCGAAGCCGAUAUCCAGCAUGCCAACACACUUUAUAAUGGAAGGCAUAGAUACGAAUUUCAAGCUUGAAGGCCUCAUAGUAUUGGUGUGGCAUUGCUCCAUACUAGCAGUGUAUUGCAAUGCGUGAACGUGUAAGAGCUUUGGGAUAUACUAGGGAGAAGGAUGGAGCACGCCUGCAGAUGAGGCUAUCUUACAGUCCAGCAGCCAACAUUUUUCUUUUUCUUGUUCAGUGGACUGAUUGCCACCUUGCUGGCGCCCUUGGCCUGCUUAGGAUUCUUAUUUAUAUGUCGUAUGCUGAUGGCAAGACCACCAUGUCCAUCUAUGAGAAGAAAGCAAGCAUUAAAGAAUUUUAUGGGGUUAUAUUUCCUUCAUUGUUGCAACUUCAAAGAGGCAUUACAGAUGUGGAGGAAAGGAAACAGAAAAGGAUAUGUAGGAUGAGGUACCGCAAAAAUGAUGAGAAGGACAGGGGUAAACUCUCUGACAUUGACAUGGAAAGAGAAGAGGAAUGUGGGAUUUGCAUGGAGAUGAACAGCAUGGUUGUGUUACCUAAUUGCAUCCAUUCAUUGUGCCUGGAGUGCUAUCAAGAUUGGCAUGGAAGGUCCGAGUCAUGUCCGUUCUGUCGGGAUAGUCUCGAGAAGGUCAACUCAGGUGACCUUUGGAUUUAUACAAGUAAGUCUGAGAUCCGUGAUUUAUCCUCGAUUUUGAGAGAAGAUCAAAGGAGGCUGUUUAUGUACAUUGAUAAGUUGCCUCUCAUUCUUCCAGAUCCUGUAUUGAUUUCCUAUAAUAGUCAUGUUAGGUGAGGGUUUAUGCACAUGAUAUAGCCUACGUAAACUCUGUAUAUGAUAAGCGUGUUAGUACAGCUAAAUUUAAAUUGGGCAAUGUUAGGGUGGUUAUGCAGAACUAUGGCAUGUAAUUUUGUUUGGGGAUUUUCAAUGAAAUUUGAUGUCCCCAAAAGAUAUAUCAGAAAGUUUACUAUAAAGAAGGUGACCCAUAUAGGCUACUACUCAAAAUCA